GCUGGUCGACGGUGCUGAUAUCUCCAUUGCCGACCCCAAGCACGCAGGAGGGGAUCAACGCCUGGUCAUCAACACCGGGCAGCACCAUGAGUAUUCCGAUUGGGCGGUCAUGGAACUCAUGACGUGGAACUACGGCCUCUCGCUCGAGGAGAUGAAAGAAGCUGCGGAGUACUUGUCCAAGAAGGUUGGCGCCGGGCAACCCGACGGCUGCAUCUACGAAGUCGUCAACGUUGAAGAAGUGGAUAGGAUGUACAGCGGUACAGGCGAGUGGAAUGCGGACAAGUCAAUGCUGGACAACGAAGUGGGGGGCUUCUGCACUCCUCAACGGCAUUGCUGCGAGGCCCUGGAUGACUGGAUGCAGAUGGACCUGAAGGUGUCGAGGCCCGUCGCUGGCGUUGUCAUUCAGGGCAAGUACCCCCACAACGGCGUACAGGACUGGGUCUGGAGCUUCAAAGUUCAGUACAAGGAGGACGUGGCCAGCGCAUGGAACACGAUCGACGCCCUGUUCACGGGCAUCGCCUCGCCGGACGAGAAGAACAGGGUCUUCUUCACCUCCCCCGUGAAGGCGAGGUUCAUCCGGCUGACCCACUUCUUCUUCAAGCAAUGGGCCUGUAUGCGCGCCGCCGUGAUCGUAUGCAACUCCCAAGCGCCCAACGAGAUGAUGCUGGUGGAAGAGAGUACCUGUUCCACAACGUUUCGCGUGGAGAAGCGGCCGGAUUCAGAUCCCGAGAGCCGGCACUUGGUCCUCGCCGGCGGAGGCACGGGCACCCUGGAGCGGUGCGUGGCCUAUGGCAUGCACGAGGGCCAGGAGACGGUGUUCCACAAGCCUUGCCAGCCGGAUGAUGCAGCGCAGCUCAUUCCCGCCAGGGGCAUGGGCCUGCUCUACUUCAAUCUGCACAGUGCGGGCAAGGUCGCGACCGUGCAACGGGGCCUGAAGGCAGAGUUCUUCUACGGUGUGCAGGCCAGCACGGUGGACUGCACGCUCCCCGACGUGAGCAUGAGGCAGCCGGACUAUGUCCGUGUGGAUGCGCAACUGGACUACAGGCAGUCAAACGAAUGGUCCGGUAUCACGGAGAAGGACUGGCUGGCUGGCCGAUGGACAGGGUUCCUGACCAUACAGCAUGCAGGACACUACAAGUUCUUCCUGAAAGUGGAUGAUACUGUGGAGAUCCUUAUUGAUGGGAAGGUCCUCGUGCAUGUCGGCCAUUGCGGCUGGCACCGAGACGUGGAAGCCUCCAUGGACCUGCCUGCCGGCGCCCUCCCCUUUGUGGUGCACUGGAUGGAGGCAACUGGUGGGAUGGCACUGCGUGUAUUCUACCAAGGUCCGGACACCAAAGACCAGAAGGUUCUGAUCCCGACGUCUGCUUUUUCGCACGUGACCGACGCCAACACGCAGCUCAUGGUCGACGCCUCGCACUCCCGCGGCUGCAUUGGGAACACCGGUAUUUCCCGGACAAAGGGUUCCGUCUUCGCGCCCUCUGAGAAGGCGACAGGGGUGGUCUGCAGCUUCGUCCCCGUGGUGAAGACUGACGAGCCGGUCGUGUUGCCAACGAGCCGAAAGAGGGAUGGGCACUGGCAUGAGUGGUGGGUCGAGCUGUCGGACAUGGACAUCGAGUGCAGUGAAGGCAAGGUGCUCAUGAGCAUUGACACCGAGUGGGUCGACGAGAAGAUGCGUGUCGCAUACACCUGCGGCGUCGUGGCUGGCCUGGGAUACUGCACGCCGUCCUGGUCGGACCAGCGCGACGCGCAGGACUGGACGCCCAAUAACCAGCAGAUACUUGACAAGCUGAUGGUGGCGUGCCCUCGAGGCAGCCUCCUCAACCGGCUGAAGUUCGAGUACUCGAUCGGAGGGAGGUGGGCCCGGUUCAAGACCAGCUGCUGCGCCACCGGCGGUGCGCCGGUCGGCAUCCUGAGGAAUGGCCCAGAUGCAAGCCGCUUCGAUGCCAUGGAAGGGCAGUACUGCCCGUCGGGACGUGGCCCCUCCGGGCGCUUCGUGUACCAGCAGCGGCCCAUUGGGCCAUGGCAAUCGAUUGGCGCUGGCCACGCGCUGCAGUUCGACCACAACAGCGGCACCUGGUGCAUCGGCCCCCAGUGCUCAGAUCCGGUGCCGCUGGAUCCAGCGGCGCCCGGCAACGCAGAGCCCACCAGCCUCGCCCUGGCGUCGCUGGAUGUGGGUCCUGUCUCGGACUUCGACGGCAACUUCGAAGCCAAAGGUGUCGGUGGAGCAGCAGGGGCGAACGGCAACAAGUACCUCAACGGCAGGCUGCCAAAGAACCCGCCCAAGAGGCCCAAGCCGCCGAAGAAGCCCAAGCUCUUGGUCUACGAGCCUGAAAUGCCCACUUACUCCGACAAGUGUAUCCAAUAUGGCGACCUCUGGAAGAACUUGCAGGAGACCGUCGUCAAUGACGUUGGCGAGGAGACCGCAGAAGUUAGCAAGUUGGAGACAGAGCAGGAGGAGAAUGCCGGAUACCAGGACGCCCACCCCUGCGAUGUGGCUGGCGACGCAGGCGGCACUUCGGGGACAAUUGGAGGGGGGGACGGCAGCGACACGCGUGACCAGAUGCCUUACGACCAGCUGGAUGGCUGCCACGCGCGUGACAUCGAACGGGCCUUGGUGGACGGCAAGGAGACGUACUGGCACGACCUUUACCAAACGAACACAGGCCUUGCCAGCAGCAUCGUCGGAGCCGUGUGCGCGGUCAUUCCCAUCGGAGCCAUCGAGCCGUUUGGGGCGGGCAUCUCGAUGGACUUCGCGGGGGUCUGCGAUGGCAUCCAGGCGGCGGUUGCGGAUACCAUCAUGUCGGCACCGGCCAUCAGGCAGGCGAAGUUCUACUAUGACAUGGCCCAGGAUUGCAACCCACUCCAGACGAACUUCGCGCGCCUCUUCUGUGACAUCCACUGUGUUCGCGACGCCGUUGUCCGUGGCGACCGGAGCAUCAUCCGGAAUCUCAAGCAGGUGACGAACAAGAACCUGGACCAGCUCUCCUCCUGGAUUGCAGCCCUCCUUGGAGAGGGCUUCGGGGUCAAGUCUGCGCAGGUUGAUGCCGGCUGGCUUGCUGACAAGAUUGACUAUGCAGCGGCCGUGAACAAGCGCGACUUCGAGAAGCUAAUGGAGCUCCUUGCCGGAGGGGAUGAGAAGACCACCCUGGUGGCCAUCCGUGCGGCCACCGAGUCCCUCCUGCAUGCGCUUCGCCGCGCAUGCCGCGCUUUUGAUGAUCCAGACGAUCCAGAUCAAGACAGCUCUGCACAGCAGCAAGCUGUCUUGAUCAUUGCCCUGGGCGCAGGAGAAGUACGAUUCUACGUGCGAUUUGCGGCUGGGCGGGGUUGGCAGUACAAGUCACGCGCAGAAGGCCAUCCAAACAUGUCUCCGUUCCUAGCAGGGCAACCAAUGGGUGAAGAUGCGUUGGAUGGGAAAGAGGGAGAUUAUGCGCAUUACCCGCAAGAGCUGUCCGACAAGCUAAUGUUAAAGAAGGUGACCUUCGUGCUCCUGUCCGGUCAGAAGCGUCAAGUAGAGGUGGGGAGGCUGGUGAUUGACUACACCUUCCAGGCGGCCUCCUUCGGCACCGCCUCGGCUCUUACGGCCCGGGACGCCCUGCAGCGCUUCGCAGACCAGGCGCUGGGAGUCUACAAGCACUUCCUGAACGCCUCGAACCACGUGCACGACGGCAAGCGCUCGAAGGGGCUGCUACGGGCGCAGCACGAGGUGCUUGUGUCACUGGACAAGAUCUGGUGGUCCCUGCGCGGGAAGAUGGACAAGUACUUCGAUGCGGCGGACAAGGAAGUGAAGAGCUUCAUGAGAUCCCUGGCGAUGAUGCAGGACUAUCAGCAGUGCCACUCAGGCUACACCGACCUGCUUGCCACCUACAAGACGACAAUGCGGGUGUCGGGCCGCACCCAUGCGCUUCUACGGGACACGUGGCGCGAGUGCAGCAACCUCGUUGGAGAGCUUGCAGCCACUAUAGGCGACAGUGACGCCUUUACCACCUUUCUGGCAAAAGAGGGCUGCGCCUCCUCUUUGGCACUGCAAACAAGGCGCGGGGCCGAGGUCCUACGGGUAGCUGGGUGA